UUUUUUUUUUUUUUUUUUUUUCUAUCGCGGGACCUUAAGAUCCCUUGGCUCCAAUUCUCUUCUGUUUCAAAUGCCUUGUUUGAUCUGUUCGGCGGACCCUAUUUACGCUCUUGGUUGUCCGCCAUGAGGUAGUUGCUCUCUUACGUCCCUCGCUCUGACACAUUUCGCCUUCGAUUUGCUUCCCUAUUUUUGGCCUUUUGUCUCACCGGUCUUGAUCGCCCCCCCAGAUUUCCUCCCUCUUCGGAACCUCGUCUGUCUCCGCUUCCGGGUCAACCACCACUUCCCUCUCCAGUCGCCCUCUAUCCCUCUAGCUUUCCCCAACCCCGUCGAAUCGAGCACCCCGAUACAAUGGUUCGCAAUAUUGUCGUCAUUGGGGGUUCCUCCCACCCGGGCUUAACCGAGUCGAUAUGCAAUGUGCUGGGUAUUCCACAAGCGGAUGUGCUGCUUUCAAAAUUUGCUGUGGGCGAAACUCGGGUGGAAGUCAAGGAGUCCGUUCGUGGAAAGGAUGUAUAUAUCAUCCAGUCCGGGUGUGGAAAGGUCAAUGAUCUCCUCUUGGAGCUUCUCAUCACCAUUUCUGCCUGCAAGACCGCCUCCGCCAGACGAGUGACUGCUGUCCUGCCCUUGUUCCCAUACUCUCGCCAAAGCGAUAUCCCUUACAACAAAACUGGAGCUCCUCUUGCCAAGGCACAAGUUCCCACGAACGAUAAGGCUGAUGCUAGCAAUGCCUACACCUUCGAGAGUACCCCGCCAACCCCGCACCCUGCGAAGCCCGAGAGUGUCAGUGUCCUGAACAGCGUCGACAAUUUGCAGAAGGGCCUCGCAAAGGCUCAAAUAGAUGAUGCAAUCAAUGGCAGUCCGGUGAAGAAGCGUCCUGCGAAUGGACUUCCCCGCAGCAACACUAUUGAAUCGGCCAAGUCAGAUGAGGGAAGCGCUUCGUCGAAAAUCAACGGUUUCCAACCUCGUCCCGGCUACAAGCAGUGGCUGGCUCGCGCAGGUACUUUGGUUGCCGACUUACUCACCUGCGCCGGUGCAGACCACAUCAUCACUAUGGACCUGCACGACCCUCAAUACCAGGGAUUCUUUGACAUCCCUGUUGACAACUUGUAUGGGAGGCCGCUCCUCAAGAGCUAUAUCGCUCAGAACAUCCCCAACUACAAGAACGCUGUCGUUGUCAGCCCCGACGCAGGUGGUGCUAAGCGAGCAACUGCAAUUGCAGACUCCAUGGGCAUCGACUUUGCUCUAAUUCACAAGGAACGACGCCCAACAAAAAUCACGGAUCGCCAGAAUGCGACCAUGAUGUUGGUUGGCGACGUACGAGACCGGACAGCCAUUCUGGUCGACGAUCUUGCGGAUACCUCGAAUACCAUCACCAGAGCCGCCAAACUUUUGAAGAAAGAGGGCGCAUCUCAGGUCUAUGCAUUGGUCACCCAUGGAAUCCUCUCUGGCGAUGCCAUUGAGCGCAUCAACGCGAGUGCCCUGGACAAGGUGGUUGUAACCAACAGCGUUGACCAGACUGAGCACUUGCGCCACUGCCCCAAACUGGAGGUUUUGGAGGUUGGCCACGUCUUUGCAGAGGCCAUCCGUCGUGUCCACCACGGUGAGAGUAUCAGCGUUCUUUUCCAGUAUGACUAAUGGAAAUGUCUAUAUGAGUGCAAUUUCUCACGUUUUACUUGAAAAAUGACAUUUUGAAACGAAC